AUGUCAGGGGUAAUUUACGACAGGGAUUUGCAUCCUGUUGACAUUCUUUUGAGUACCAGCAAGAAGAAAGAAGGUAUUCUUCUGGACUGGUUGCAAGAUUACUGCAUCCACUGCACAUGUAAUCAUACCAGUCCCUCAUUCCUUACUCCCAGGUCAUCGGAGAAGCAUGCAUUGUAUCACGAUCCCUGCUCACUACAUCCAACUUCCUCCAAAUUACCCACACAGACUUUGCAUCCAAACGUGAAAAUCCGCACCGAGCAUAAAGUAAUCGUUUGUGGAACCUUUAUUGAAAAUGCGCUGCUGUCAUCGGAUUCUGAGGCAGUGGUUCAAACAGCUGAUCUAUUUAGGAAGGAGGUGAGAACCGGAAGCCUGUGCUUCGCUUUCUUCACGGCUGCAUUUAGCUUACGUACCGUUGGCUCCGACGCCGUGAAGGACAUCGGCGAUACGACAGGGUUAGUCGCUAGCGAAAUCGAAUUCUGUUCAAAGGUGCAGCCGCAACAAACUCAAUCUCGAUUUACUUCCUCAUUACAGUUUGAGCUCAUAAGAGUGCGGCCCGAGCAGGUCGGCGGCCCUCCCUACUUCCAUUUCACUGCUGUAAACAUGAUUCAAGACCCUGAUGCCAGCUUCGAGAAGGAAAUACAAGUUUUGAAGAGACUAGAGCACAUUAGAGAACUCCAAAAUACUUCGCAGAAUAUAUCUUAUUCAUCCAAUCCGAAAAGCCGUCUUCAGAAAGAAUACAACAUAUCCUACAAGAGACUUGAUGCACUGAGCGCAAUUAGUGCUCUUUCGAGAGUAUUUGACGAGCCCAGCCAAGAGUUUGAUGUCAAACAACUCACAUAUUCCUUCUACUAUUCAACAAACUCUGGUAAUGCACCAAGAUUUUUAAAGAACUCAUUCUUGUACUCAACAGACUUACCCUUGAGAAUCACAAUCAUGUCCAUGAACACAACACCUAGGCUCCAGAUGUCAGACAUUCAUCUUAGGGUCAUCCGGUUAAUCACUUUUAGGUUAGUGCUACCGUUUGCAUCUAUAGAGGUCAAAGACAAGCCGAAGUCCGCAAAUAAGACGUUUCCACGAAACCAGAGCGCUGUGGUUACGCAUACAAAAAGAUCCGCAGCUUGGAUGAUUAAAGCGUUGGCGCGCUUCAACGGAUGCAUUUCGUGUCCGUAUAGCUUCCGACGAACUCGACGAAGGGCAAUGAACUGCUUCAUGUAUCCAAUCAUUCCCCUCCUAAAGGCGGCAGCUCAGAGCGCAUACUUUCUCGCACACUCUUUGAAGGUGAGCAAACUGAGAGGUUUGUCGACCUGUCCCUGCCCGCCACACCCCAAGAUUGCUGUCGGCCCAAAAGGAAGAGAUUCCCCUUGCCUGAAGUUGAUUGAAUUCCACAUUGCGUUCGGUUACAGGAAACCAGUAAUCAAAAAAGCCGAAGUCAAUAAGACUACCAAGGAUAUUCAGGCAACAAAAGAUCUGAAGAACGAUAUUCGUCUAUUUCAGAUUGUGUAUACGAAUCUCGACUCGGUGUCCUUUGGGGAAAAGGCUGCUCAGUUGCCCAGCCAAUGCCUACUAUGCAGCGGAGUUGGUUGGUACGGGUGA